UAUAAAUUGUGCUGAGUCUCUGCUCAAUGGAUACGCCUCACUGGUGAAUUGUAUUGUACAUACAUCAUGUAUAUGAUGCUGUUCAUAGCGCUGCUGUUCGGCCUCGCCGCCGGCCAAGAUGCCACCACCAGCGGCCAAUGGCUCAUCACCCUCAACACCUCGAUCUUCUGGCCUACAUCCACAGACUACUUCUACGGACCUACAACUGGCCCCAAUGCUGCGGUAGUCACCUGUAAUGCGGCUUGGAUCGAAUGGGCCAGUCGUUCCUUGGAGCUCCGCUCCCUUGGCCCAACCGCGACGAUUGAGUCCACCGGAUCGUACGCCACCAGCGCCGGGGCCUGCCGCACCUCGGUGACCCCCGAAGCCUGGUCCAACACCCACACGGGCCCUCUUACCACCCUCUGCGACGGGAUCCCGCGUGCGGUGGGCCCGCGCGAAACUGCGACCGAGUACUUCCCCGACGCUAGCAGUCCCUGCUCCGAGGGGUACCAAACCUUCACCGAGACCGAAACCCUAUACCGCAAUCCCCCGGACCCAACCCCAGACUGCACCCUGCAGACUAGCGAAUGCAUCCCCAUAUGGUCCACCUACUCUGAAUUGGAAGCCUCCUACUACGAGACCAUCACCGCGGCGCCCCCAGGCGACACCAACAGCCCGAUCCCGCCGUACUCGUGCCCGUCAACCACACGCUCCUACCCGGAGGAAAACCCCUGCUCAGCGUGCCACUUCCUCCCCGGCACAGCCACCCUCUUCUACUGGCCCGUGACCACCGCCGACGGCGACCUGUGCCAGCAAAACGGGACCACCGUUUCUCCCUCCGGGCCCAGCACCGCCAUCGUCAACGGCGAGACCUUCAUCUCCCCGACCGUCUACCUCUCCUUCACCUCCAUCUACGCCUGGAGCAACCGCCGCGCCCACCCCGGCUCCCAGUGCGGCGUCUCCCACAGCAACGAGAUCCUCUCCAUCAACCCGGCCACCCUGUCCUCCGUCCGCAACCACCGCAACGCGAAAUACCCCACCGUAGGCACCGCCUACCCCUUCAACUUCGCCGAGUUCAUGCCCCACCACCUGGAAGGAGGGGGCAACGACAACGACACGCAGUCGUUGAUCCCCUGGCCGCAGUACCGGGGCGGCCAGCAGUGCCCGCUCUACGACCCGAGCUGCACCAUCAUCCGCGACGAUUAUCGGCCGUGGGUGCUGCUGCCCGAGGAGGUCCGGCAGAUCGACCCCGGCUGGUCGGUGUGCGACGAGAGCUGGUAUAUCCCGCCCGUGACCAUGGUGCCGUUGGAUCGCGAGGUCAUCACCGUGACCGCCACGCCGGAGCCGGACGCGGACGCGGACGCGGACGUCCAGGGGUUCUUGCGGGUGGCGGCGGUGCCCGGAGAGGGUCCCGCGGCGGCGACUCCGGCGCCGACAGAGCUGGGGUGGUGAGUGAGCCCUCCGACGGGGGCUAGGGCCGCCCUCCGGCGCUAGCUAGGUGAUCCUCGUCUGCGCGAACUCGGAUGCAUGUAUAGCACCUACCUGUCCUUAAUGAAGUGAAAACACUGGUAUUGACAGUCAAAUAUCGGCGAUUGGCUAGCCUUCACGUAACCUUCAAGUAAUCAGUAUUGAAGUACCAAAUAUGAACAUAAGGC